GUUAUUGAUAUAGGGUUUGGGGUGGGUGACUGCAUUUGCAGUGUAACUUUUGAUAGCCAUAUGACAAGUAAGUUCAUUUUAUUCUAGUGAAGUGUAGAAUCAUAAAUACCUAAAUCACAUCAAUAUUUUAUUUGACAGGCCUAUGUUCUCCCCAGCAUUCCAAAUGAACUAUUUCUCACAGGUGGGUUACUGUAUAGGCCUACUGUAUUGUCAAAAUCGCCUAAUUCAGCCACUGUAGUAGGCCAAAGGUCAGAUGUAAAAGAAUGAACGCAGAACCCACUUUUCCGGGUUAACAUACACCCCCAGACUACAUAGCCUGUAGUUGAAGCUUGAGCGAUGAAUAAAAAAUAAAAAAAAGUUUACAGGGGCGUGGCGUGCAUUGGUCCAGGGAGAUGACUUUCUGAAUUCACUCAUGCAUGGUCACACAAUGUGACAGUCGCGAUAACUGGGAGCUGCUCUUCGCGGAAACCCAUUUCCAAGUUAAAUCCACCUCGGAAAACUAACUUUCCUUGCGCAAGUUUGGCGGCGAAUCCACGUGUGAAGAAGUUUGUGCAUGAAUAUCUUGGCCUGGCUGCGUUUAAAAGAGUUUGGUAAGCUGGCAGAGGUGCCAGAAUCAGGGGACAGGGGGAGAGGGGAGGUUACCAGCUUCCUUGGGAGGUCUAUAGGCUAUCCGACGCACUCAAAUAUGGCACCAAUGGCAGACGGAUAUUGCUUUCGAUAUUUAAGUUGGGCUUCCCCAGUUUAAGGUGUCAAAAAUAUUCUGAACCCUAGUCGAUGGAUUUAUUACCGUCAAUAGAAAAACAUUUUAACUGUACUUUCUCCCUAGGCUAGAAAUCUUGAAGCAUGGGUGACUGGAGCUUUCUGGGGCGUCUGUUGGAGAAUGCACAGGAACACUCAACAGUAAUCGGCAAGGUCUGGCUGACUGUCCUCUUCAUCUUCAGGAUCCUGGUGCUGGGAGCGGCGGCCGAGGACGUGUGGGGCGACGAGCAGUCGGACUUCACAUGCAACACACAGCAGCCUGGGUGUGAGAACGUCUGCUAUGAUGAGGCUUUCCCCAUCUCGCACAUCCGCUUCUGGGUGCUGCAGAUCAUCUUUGUGUCCACGCCCACCCUCAUCUACCUGGGUCACGUACUGCACAUCGUCCGCAUGGAGGAGAAGCGGAAAGAGAAGGAGGAGGAGCUGCGAAAGGCCAACAGACUCCAGGAGGAGAAUGAACUCCUUUACAACGGCAAAGGGGAUGCAGGUGGAGGAAGAGGACGAGGAGGAGGAGGAGGAGGUGGUAAAAAGGAGAAGCCACCUAUCAGGGAUGAGCAUGGCAAGAUCCGCAUUAGGGGUGCCCUGCUGCGCACCUAUGUGUUCAACAUCAUAUUCAAGACCCUGUUUGAAGUGGGGUUUAUUUUAGGUCAGUAUUUUCUCUAUGGCUUCCAGCUGAGGCCGCUAUACAAGUGUGCACGGUGGCCCUGCCCCAACACUGUGGACUGCUUCAUAUCUAGGCCCACUGAAAAGACGAUUUUCAUCAUAUUUAUGCUUGUGGUGGCUUGCUUGUCUCUUUUGCUGAAUUUGUUAGAGAUCUAUCACCUUGGGUGGAAGAAAGUUAAACAGGGAAUGGUCACCCCUGAUCAUGCAUUGCUGCCCCACUCUGAUGUUGUGGGGCCUGAGUCCAUGACUUCAGCCUCCAGAACUGCCCUUCCCAACCUCAGCUACCCACCGAUGUACACAGACGUGACGGCUGGGAGUGGUGCGUUCCUGUCGCCCAUGGCAGAAGCCUCCCGGGCAGAGUUCAAGAUGGACCCCCUGCAGGAGGAGCCCUCAUCCUCCUACUACAUGAGCAGCAACAACAACCACAGGCUGACCACGCAGCAGAACUGGGCCAACCUGGCCACCGAGCAGCAGACUUGGGAGAUGAAGGCCACCUCCUCCUCCUCCUCCUCACCCUCUGAUAGUGAGCAGCAGCCUCAUGAAGCUGCUCCCCCCACCACCACCACCAAACCUAGCUCCAGUGGGGACCAUUUGAGUGGGGGGAAUGGCAAUCAGGAGGGAGGCCACGUCACCACCACAGUGGAAAUGCACGAGCCCCCCGUUAUGGUCACAGACCCUCGACGGUUCAGCAGGGCCAGCAAGAGCAGCAGCAUCAGAUCCAGACCCAACGACCUGGCAGUAUAGUCAGUCCCCCUAAAUACACCUCCAACCUCCCAAAGCCCCCAAUGAUUUUUCUAUAUAAAAAGUACAAAAUAAAAUAAAAAUAUUUUAGUUUUUUUAAUGGAGGCAAUGUGAGGCAGGGGGCUGGAACUGGACUUGUUGCCUAGUAUAUAGAUCUAUUAACAGCAGUUGAUAUCAGUGCAAUUGGUGAGUUGUAGCAUACGUGUUAGAAUAAAAAAUGCACACAGUCUGAUUGUGCAAUGUUGGUUAAAAUGGUCUGACAAGCUGAAGGCUUCGAUAUACUGGACAUCAGGGGACUUUAUGGUUCUUAUUCCAGUUUAAAAUGGCCAAGUAACUUUUUUGUUUGAUUUUGGUUUCAACGGCCUGGUAUGUGUCAAUGUGCUCUUGUCAACAGUGGUUAUUGUUGUUGUGUUUAUUUGAUGAACAUAAAAGCCUAUUUAUUCCAAUUAGGAAUGAUACUGUACAUUCAUCAAGUCGUUGAGUUCGGUUGGCAAAUUGCUGAGAACCAACUUCGAAUAAAACUGUUAUGUGGAACAAGUAAGAACAGGGUGUUCUGAAACCACUUGUGUGUUAAUUAUGUUUACUUUUAUGCUGUUAUACAGUUCCUUCAAAUUGAGCCUUUCUUAAAACAAGUUAUUUUGAAUCAUUUUUUGGGUGUAUUAGAAAGUCGCUUGCAAGACAAACUAAAUCCAAACGUAUGCUCUCAUUCUUUCUCCAAGAUGAAGAAUACUGUUCAAUGUCAGCAAUGACACCAAUAUGGGGACAACAUUUGCUUGUUCAUUAUCGAACUUUUAUAUUGUACUUUGACACUUCCUGAAUUUCACAGUCUAAAUAACUUUUAUUUUUAUAAUAUUCAGGAAAUAGCCUGGCUAUUUUUUGUAUUAAGUGUUUGAAGAGUAACAGUGGAAUCUGUAAAUGCAAACUACACUCACUGAUUCACUAACUGGUCUGCAGAUGCAUUUAUCUGUCUGAGUUUUACCCAGGAUCCACUUACUGAACACAUCAUCUACACACAAACUAUAACCGGAUUAUGGGUCAGAACUAGAAGUUGAAUGUGUUCUUGUAGUCUACAGCUGUUUUAAGGUUCCAUGGUUCCAGCCCCUGCUCCGACAUUUGAUUCUCGAAUACAGAAAUUAAGAAAAUAAAGUAUUUGCUUUUGCCUGAAAUUAAAAAGCACACUGCCAUAUGCACAAUGAAAAGUUGACAUCUGAUUUUAAAGAGGUUGAAAACCAAAUAUAAACCAAAUGCUUCAACUUAAGACGGUAAAUAAGAUUUGGUUUUUUAUAUAUUUAUGAUAACCAUGUUUAUUGCUGUCAUCAUAAACACAAUAUCACUUUUUAAUCAUUGCAUCUUUAUGUUGAGGGUAACUCACUCUCAUACAUCACAUGUGAUACUUUAUUGGUUUUUCUUCAAAGUGCUAUUUUUUAAAACAUUAUUGAAUUAUAAUGAAAUCUCAUUUCUAAACUGUAGUCAGUUUAUGACAACCAAAACAGCUAUAUGGUUCAAAACGGACACAUGCAAUGACGUUGUAAGUGUCAUAACGCCAGGAUGAAAAGUCCUUCCUCAUUUCUUAUUUUUGAUAGAAGCUCAACUAUUACUGACUACGUCACCUGUUGUAAGCAAUGGGAAGCACAUGCUUCCGCCUAGUGAGUGUAAAUGUAAUAUUUCACCUCGUAGAUUACCUGAACCAUCUUGAAUAACUGAAAAGCUAUGCAAGUAAUUGCACAACACAAUCAUUCACUUAAAAUAGGCCUUUUCUUAAAUUACUUGGUAUAUUACGAUUGGUAUAAUACCACACUUAUGUAUUUCUUACAUAGUUCUUAUACUUUCAAAUUACCAUAUGCUUAUAGUUUAUAGUUAGAGAAGGAUCAUAAAUAAACACAAUAACAAACAUUCAAUGCAAACUAGAAACCAUAGUUAAAACCGUGGAGAGACUACCCGAGGAGAAAAUGCAAUCCUUUGCUUAUAACAGUGUUACUCUUAUUGGGACAACCGUUUUUCCCAAUGUAUGUAACCUUUUCAUUUAAACUAUUUAACUGUACCAAACCACAAAAAAAUCUGUGUUAUUUGCAUUUGUCAUUUUGGUUCUCAAAGUUUACAUUUUAGUAAAAAGGUAAAAGAUUUGCACAUUUAGGCAAAACAUGCUGUUCUAAGAGGUAGGAGAGAGAGUGGAAAAGACACCAGACUGCCGAUGUUUAUUUUAUUUAGUUUAUUUUUUAUUUCACCUUUAUUUAACCAGGUAGGCAAGUUGAGAACAAGUUCUCAUUUACAACUGCGACCUGGCCAAGAUAAAGCAAAGCAGUGUGACACAGACAACAACACAGACUUACACAUGGAGUAAACAAACAAGCCAAUAACACAAUAAACAAGUCAAUGACACAGUAGAAAAAAGAAAGUCUAUAUACAGUGUGUGCAAAAGGCAUGAGGAGGUAGGCAAUAAAUAGGCCAUAUAAUCUUUAAAGUAAAAUGUCUUAACAGUUAAACACAACGGCUCUUUGCGUUAAAGACAGUAUUUAAAAAAAAAUACGGCAAAUGUCAUGGUCUGAAACGAUUGCAGAAAGUUUGGGUUUUGAAAUCUAGAAAAAAGUGGGCUGUGAGUAUUUCCUGUGUGCUCACUCAGUGCUUUCACUAUGUUCUCAACACAUUCCUGUGACUCUCUGGUUAGCUUGUAUUAAAACAUCACACUAAUGUUGAGACAGUGUUAGCUGGGUAGCUGGCCCUUUUCUUCUUCUACACACAGCAACUUGUGUAUCGUUUUGAGUUGCCCGCAAGCCCCUCAUCCAAUAGGUUAAUAUACAGUAGCUUUCUUCAAACUCUUGAUGUGUGUCAUGCUGAGCGUGAUUUCUCUGGCCAGUCAGGGAGUAGGAACCAUCUACAUUAUGCUCAGAACAACAGCCUGUUUCAAUGCUGUCUUAAGAGAAGUGCCUUAUAAAAACAAGUUGAUGUAAAUGUUAAUUUACCUCAAAUGUUUACAAAACUGUUAUUAAAUAAACUUUUUGUACCAUA